AUGGAGGGAGAUGGUCCCAUGCGGCCUUUGCGCUUCCGAAAAUCUUUCAACCUCUCGUUCACGGGUAAGAUGAAGACAGCGAGAUUAUACGUCACCAGUCUGGGCUCUUAUCAAGCCUAUAUCAACGGUGUGAAAGUCGGAAAUCACUGCAUGGCUCCUGGUUGGACCAGCUAUGGACAUCGCAUUAACUAUCAAGUCUUCGAUAUUGCAGCGCUCAUAGAUGAGAACGGACCAAAUGUUAUCGGCGUGGAGGAUUCUUCGGGGGGUACGAGACGCAUCUACGGCGAUGUACUUGCUAUUCUUUCACAACUCGAAAUCUCGUCAGUUCAAGGUGAAGCCUUUCGGCUGAACUCUGAUGGGUCGUGGUGCUGUGCACCGAGCGCCAUCAUCCGUAGCGAGAUAUACGACGGCGAGCUGUAUGACGCCAGGGAAGAACAAUUCGGGUGGAACGAUCGCCAAAACUUUGACGAUACCUGCUGGGUUAAGGCGAGAUCCCUUGACCUACCACACGCUCAACUUGUUGCACCCAACGCUCCACCAGUAAGGGUGACGGAAGAGGUUUGGCCGGCAGCUAUAUUGACAUCCAAGACUGGAAAAACCAUUAUCGACUUUGGACAAAACCUUGUUGGUGUUCUGCGAAUCAAGUCAUUGAGGAAGCCUACCGGCAGCAAGGUCACUUUUACACACGCCGAAGUACUCGAAAAUGACUGGCUUGAAGAUGUCGCGGCCGAACAGCUAGAAGGAGCUGAAUCCAUCCCGACCUUCGUUGUCCCGAACGCACUGCAGAAGCUGCGGGCAUGCGUUCCUCAGGCCGUUUGGGAUGACGUGACUGUUCUUACCCCAUGGGCGUUAUACCAAACCUUCGGCGACGUGGGCAUUCUACGCAAGCAAUACGACAGCAUGGGGGCGUGGGUGGAUUUCGGUAUCCGCCGUGGCCCAGACAGGCUGUGGGAUCCCGAGCUUUGGCAACUUGGUGACUGGCUUGACCCUACAGCGCUUCCAGAGGAGCCUGGAAACUCACGUACUAGUGGUACUUUCGUUGCAGACGCCUAUCUUGUCCACGUCACCUGCAUUAUUGCUCGAGUGAGUGGAAUCCUGGAACGGCACGCCAACGCCAAACGCUAUCACGCCGACUGCCUCCUGCUGAGGAAAAAUUUCCAGGAGAAAUAUAUUGCCCCCCUCUGGACUCGUCGUAGCAGACACUCAAACUGCACUGAGCCUCGCCAUCAUAUUUUCUCUUCACGAAACGCCCGAACAAGUUGCGACCGCCGCGAAUCGUCUUGCCUAUCACGUUCGCUUGGCCAGAUUUCGUGUUUCGAUUGGCUUCGCUGGCACACCUAUCAUUACCCAUGUCUUGACAUCUGUAGGGCAAUCUCAGUGCGUAACUUGGCUUGUGGAUGGAGGAGGGCUAUCGAAACUCAGUUGAAGCUACUUUUACAGGUCUUUAUGCGCGAAGGGCUGCUCUAA